UUUUCUUUAUCUCUCACUUCUCCUCCACCUCUCUCACUCAGAGGAGAGGUGAUGUGCUUUUCUCUCUCGUUUCUGAUCCAUCAACGAACUCAACGCGUAAUUAAGUCGAUUACGCAUCUUGAGAGCGCGAGCUGAUUCAUCCGACUUGAAGCUAUCACUCACGUGUGCAGGAGCAAGAUAUCGCGCAAAACGCAGCGCGUAGAGCGCCCGACGCUGUCCGGGCUGGGCGCAAGAACGCGCGCAGUCGCGGCCGGCAUCCUCGGCGUGGCCAUGGUGCUGGUUCUGGUCAUCCUGAUUCCGGUACUCGUGAACGCGGCUGGAACAGAUGCACGCUACGAAACGCUUAGCGCCUGCAGGAUGGUUUGUGAUCCCUAUGGCACCAUUAAACCACCGGCGCGCGCCACCGGGAGCGACCCGCGCUCUCUUCAGCCUCCGACAACAUUUCUCCGCGGUCCGAAAGGGGAACCAGGACGCACUGGGCGCAUUGGCCCAAGGGGUGAGCCAGGUCCACCAGGACCACCAGGCCCGCCGGGAAUAGUCGGAAAUCCAGGACCGCCCGGGUUACCUGGACCUCCAGGAGUGAUCGGUGUGAGCGGUGGUGUUGUAAACGCGGCCACAUACACCACUGUACCCAAAGUCGCUUUUUACGCCGGGCUCAAAAAGCAGCACGAAGGCUACGAGGUCCUCAAGUUCGACGAUGUUGUCACUAACCUGGGUAACCACUACGACCCUGCAACCGGCAAGUUCACCUGCUCCAUCCCGGGAAUCUAUUUCUUCGUGUAUCACGUGCUCAUGCGGGGAGGUGACGGCACGAGCAUGUGGGCUGAUUUGUGCAAAAAUAACCAGGUGAGGGCGAGCGCCAUCGCUCAGGAUGCGGAUCAGAACUAUGACUACGCCAGCAACAGCGUGGUGUUACACUUGGAGCCCGGAGACGAGAUCUACAUCAAGCUGGACGGUGGCAAAGCACAUGGAGGGAACAACAACAAAUACAGCACCUUCUCUGGGUUCAUGAUUUACGCCGAUUAACACGUGACAAGACUUGAUGCUUACAUGAAUGUUAACCUGCAAGGGUUUUUUUUUCCACUCAGAGAGAUUUAAAUGAAAGAAAAGGAGGCAAAUAAAUGCAGAUACAUCAUGCAA